GUGACUGGCGGUCACGUGUUUGCAUUUGUUACUCCGCCUUUUGUCAGCUGAUCAGGCUUGGUGUUGCCGGACAAUGGGUCACCUGUACGGCGGAGUGGAGGGAGGAGCAACUAGCUCAAAUGUGGUGUUGAUUGCUGAGGAUGGGACGAUCAAAGCCAAGGUCGAUGGACCAGCCACCAACCACUGGCUGGUUGGGCUGGAUAAAUGUUUGGAAAGCAUUAACAAUAUGAUCCUGGAUGCUAAGAAGGCAGCCGGCGCAGAUCCUAAAGUACCUCUCAAGUCUUUGGGGUUGACUCUAAGUGGAGGGGAGCAGGAUGAAGCAAUCAGAGCACUGGUCCAACUGCUGAAGGAAAGAUUCCCAAACCUGAGUGAGAACUAUUGUGUCACUACCGAUGCUUUAGGUGGCAUAUCGACAGCCACAGACACAGGUGGAAUUGUAUUGAUCUCAGGAACCGGUUCCAACUGCAAGCUUGUCAAUCCGGAUGGCUCGGUGAUCGGAUGUGGAGGCUGGGGUCACCUGAUCGGAGAUGAGGGAUCUGCUUAUUGGAUGUCACUGUUGGCUGUAAAGAUUGUGUAUGAUGCUGUUGACAACUACAAGCACACACCAUUCAACAUCUGUCUGGUGGAGGAAGCCAUGUACAGUUACUUCCAGGUAUCUAAUCGAACAGCACUCCUCACUCACCUCUAUCGUACCUUUGAGAAAUCCAAAAUUGCUGGGUUUUGUCGAAAGCUCGCAGAAGCGGCACGAGCUGGAGACCAUCUUUCUUGUCACAUCUUCAGAAGAGGGGGUCAAGAGCUUGCCAGGCACGUUGUGGCUGUUCUGCCGCAUGUGCACAAGUCACUGCUUGAUGGGAAGUUUGGUCUGCCUAUAGUCUGUGUGGGAUCUGUGUGGAACAGCUGGGACCUCCUGAAAAAUGGGUUUCUCGAAGUGUUAAAGGAAGUCAAGCAAAGGCCAAUGGCCAAGAACCUAUGCAAGUUUUCCAUGAUGAAGCUGAAAUGCUCUUCAGCGGUGGGCGCAGCGAGUCUUGGUGCCAGACACAUCGGUUACGAUUUACCGAUGGACUAUGCAAACAAUGUAGAUAUCUUCUUUGAACACUGCUUCAAACUCUAGCGAUAGCAAAGUAAUCUGCUUUGACCACUGAGGUUGUGGUCUUGGAAACUAGAGAUGGUGAUAUCAUUCAACAUGCCUUUUUAUAAAAUUUAUUGAUUUUUGCAUAUGUUCACAUAUCAACCAAAAAAAAAGUUUACUUGAGAUUGAAUUGCACUGUACACUUUUUGAUUCGGAGAAGUCACUCUUCCUGUGCUGUAAAAUGUCUGAGUAGAUUGCGAAGCCUUCCCAGCAAGGGUAGUAUCUAUACAGUAAUAUCUCUUUCUCUCUCUAUGUUUUGCGUCGGCUCUUACACACUCAGUCAGCAGGAUAUCUGUACAUGAUUAGUUUGAGGCCAUAGAGUCAUAGUCAUAGACAUGUACAGCACGAAAACAGACCCUUCACUCCAACCUGUCCAUACCGACCAGAUAUCUCAACCCAAUCUCGU